UAUACACACAGAUAUACACAUAUACACACACACAGAUAUAUACAAUACACACACACACACACAGUUGUCUCCCACCUGUACCGUGGAAUCAGAUUGGAUGGGACAGUCAGAUGGUGGCAGAUCACGUGGCCCAGGCAGGCAGCUCAGUGUAAAGGAAAAAAUGGGGUUUUGCGUAAAUGUGGGGGUUUAGUGGUGCCAUAUAUCAAAGCCGACUCGUAAAACCGACGCCGGAGCCUACCGGACUACAAAUCACAGCUUCAUAAAUAUGACUUCUUCCUAUUAUGUGAGCGCUCUGUUCAGCAAAUUCACGGCGGGGGCUUCUCUCUUCCCCAACCCCGAGCCCACUUCUUGUUCCUCCUUGCCUAACAACUCCCAGAGAGGCGCCUAUGGCUCCGGCACCGGCCCAUUCCCUUCCUCCGUGCCCAGCUUGUACAGUAGCCCCCUCUACCAGAACCCCUUCCCCGGCUACAGCCUGGCCUCAGACUCCUACAACCUGCACUGCUCCAGCUUUGAUCAGAACAUUCCGCUGCUCUGCAAUGAACUGCCCAAGGCCGACGAAGCGGCUCUGCACCACCAGCCCGACUCCCAUUUCCGCAUCUACCCCUGGAUGAGAUCCUCAGGUCCGGACAGGAAGAGGGGUCGCCAGACUUACACCCGUUACCAGACUCUAGAGCUGGAGAAAGAAUUUCACUUUAAUCGCUACCUAACCCGCAGGAGGAGAAUAGAAAUCGCACACGCCCUGUGUCUGACUGAAAGGCAGAUCAAAAUCUGGUUCCAGAACAGGAGAAUGAAAUGGAAGAAAGAACACAAGGAGGAAAGUGACCAGACCCCCGACGCUGGGGAGGAAUCCACUGCACCCACUACUACUGCAGAUGAUGAUAAAGAUAAAGAAUAAAACGCAAUGAACAAGGGACAAUUUGUAAUAUGGGGUUUGCACGUGACAGGGAGAAAUCUCUGCUAAAUGUCAUUAUUUUCAUAAAUGUAAAGUUGAAAACUGGAUGGAGGCCCCCAGGAGUCAGCAAAGGGUUCAUUCCAGGUGGAUCUGUAGUCUAUAAAAAAAAACAAAAAUGAAGUUAUUUUACUUUACAUUCGUAUUAUAUAUAAAUAUCUAUUGUACAUUUGAUACGGAAUUUCAGUAGUAACAAGAAACAACUUCUUUUCUUAACUACCUAACCCACCAGAUAAAUCCCAGGUACAGGGAAAUUAAAACUGAGCUACCUAUGCGACAGAAUCGUUUCGUUUGACUGUCUAUGUGCGUCUCCACGAUUCAAAUAAAGGGCGAAACGCCACGAAACGACCACUACAUGUGUGCUACCUUGCUGUAUACUACCUAGUCGAGUCUAACAACUACCUGUUUGUGCUUUUUUUUGUGAUGCUUUGAAUUUUAGAUAGUACUGAAACGAGGAAAAUGUAUUAUAUUGGUAAAAAAAC